AUGACCACGCUUCGCGCCAAGGUGGCCUUGGUGGGCCCAGCCGCUUCUGGCAAGACCAUCCUGGCCAACUUUCUGGCCGACCAUGUCACUGAUGGCCUCAGCAUGCCUUAUCGUCCCACCCAGGGCUGUCGCAUCCUGGAAACGACGAUGGAAAACCACUCAGAUACGGCCUUGGAGCUUUGGGAUGUCUCCGGAGACAUCAACAACGAAUCUGGUUGGCCAGCCAUCACUACGGGCCUGGAUGGCGUGAUCGUCGUCUUUGACAUCAACCAAACAGUUGUGGAUGGGGAUUUGGAUAUUUGGUUUCGGCGAUUUAUCAAGCGGCCUGGAGUCAAGUCCAACCAGGUCUUGGUGUUUGCGAACAAUCCGCAUCGCGACAGUGCCACGCGCAGCGCUGUGGAUCUGACUGGCCCAUUGAGCAAGGCCAAACUUGUAUUAACGGAUGUCACACGGGAGCCCGAGGCCGUGCGCGCAGCCUUUAAUGCACUGAUGACCAACGUGCGCAGUGUUGUUGAACAACGCCGCGAUGACGCCGAGCGCAAAGUGCUGGGGAUGUAG